CUGGCAACUCGUAGUGUGAUUUCAGCUUUACGAUAUAUGAUAUAGUCUCUUAAAGUAAUUCCAUGAUUGUAACCUAUGUAUAUUGCAUACACGUGUUAAUUUUUCCUCAUUCGAUUAAAAAGUUUAUAUAAAAGCUAAAUACAGAAAUGGUUGACGUUAAGAUAAAAAAACGUAAAGUUUCUAAAAAAACAAAGAAAUCUUGGCGCAAACACGUCGAUAUCAAAGAUGUGGAUAAAUUUUUAGAUGAUAAAAGAUUAGAAGAAAGAUUGGGUGUUCCUUUUUCGGAACGUGUGGAUUCUGAGCUAUUUAUCAUCGACAAAUCUGAAACUAUUACAAAUACUUUUUCCAAACAAGCUGCCAGGCUAGCUUUAAAGAAUAAGGAACCAAAAUGUUUUGCUUCUCUAAAGCCACAUACGCAAGUUCCUGAUCCGAUUUGUAAAAGGAAUCAUGUAAAAAUAAAAAAAAAGAAAGAAGUUUUAAAGAAUAGAACACUCACAAAAACUGCUAUAAAUGAUAUUAAUAAAAAAAAAGAAAUUGAAGGUGAUGCAUGGGCUGACACAGAUGUAUUACCAAAAACAAUCACUGAUUGGAUGUCUUCAGACAGUAUUAGACAUACAAUCAAACAUUUUGGAGUGCAAAAAAGAAAAUUGCCUUCAUCAUUACAUAAAAAACCAUCUGUUUUACCAGCAGUGGAAGCACCACAUCCAGGUUCAUCUUACAAUCCAUCAUAUGUUGAUCAUCAAGAUUUGCUUCAUCAAAUUGCUGAGAAAGAAUUAGAAUUUAUAAAACAAGAGGAACAUCUUGAUCGAGUCACUACUAAAAUGUUUAAGAAGAUUCCACAAAAUAAAAAAGAAGAGUACUUAUUAAGAGAAAUGUCAGAGGGCUUGCCAACAAAGCAAACAACAAAUUUAAAAUCUGCUGAAGAAGAUGAUAAUGAAGAAGAUUUGUCUAUUACAAUGGCAAAUAGUAAACCUGUGAAAAAUGUCAAAAAAACUCUUGUGCAGAGAAGAAAACAACGAGAACAAAAACAAGCAGCUUAUACACGUAAAAUGAUGAAAAUCAAUAAAAAGAUAGUUUCUGAUAUCUACAAACUGAAAAAUUUCGAACAACAAAUAGAAAUUAAAGAGAAGAAGCUAGAAUUUUUGAGACAAAAACGAAUGAUGAAACGUGAAAGAGAGUCUCUUAUGCCAAAAACUUUAAGUAAAACUAAAUUUGAGCCCUUGGAUCCUGAUUUUCAGUUAGCAGAAGAAUUGACUGGCAAUUUAAGGAACUGUAAGCCCUCCAUGAGUUUAUUAAAAGACCGAUACAAGUCGCUUCAACAGAGAAAUAUUAUUGCACCAGCUAUCAUAAAAUUGAAACGUGAUAAAGCAAAGGUGAAGAAAUUUGUGAAACCAGAUCAUAAAAUAAACCUGGAUGCUGUCAAGUUACGACUUAAUAAGGUUUAAUACUCUUAUUAAUUUGAAAUAAUAUAUAUUUUCUUUAUCUAAUAACUUAUAUCUGUCCACUCUAUUAUUGAAAAAAAUAUUUAAAUAUGAAAAUGAGGAAAAAAUGAAUAAAUAUG